AUGCACAAGAUACAAAAGUUGCUUGAAGGUAACGCACAGAAACGAAAAAUCAGUUCGGUACCGUUGACCGAUGAAGAACAUCAAGCGAUAUGUACACAAUGUGAUGAAGAUACACCCACAGCACUCCAAAAGAAAUUUUCCCAUAUCGCAGCGGUAGAGCUUGCUUGGAGAGGAUGUGAAGCUGCAAAUUGUUUGUUAGAAUAUUUUAAAGAAUUAGAUAUAAGCGAGCACCUACCGGUAGAAUCGAAUAUAAUACAGUGUUUUCAAAGACUUGCCAAGGAGGUGGUCAGCGAUGUGCGAACAGCAAAUAAUUGA